AUGCCUGAAUUUUCGGGCUUCAAGCGUCAAGGCAUCAAUUUCCUUUCUGCCGCAUCUUCUGCCCAUUUGGCUGCUUGGGUCUCUACGGUCCGCCAUGAGGGAGAGGUUAUGGCCACUGGGCUGUGCGCAAAUCAUCAUGGCACAGAUACCCUAACGAUCGCAGGAACAAACUGGGAUCGCAUGCAAUUUUAUCGUGUAGUUGAGUCGGAGCUAGGUGGAGAAAAAAAGAACAGAGAGACGCGCAAGAGGUGA